AUGUCUGACGUUCUUAAACAAAUGAUUGAUCAGGUUUGGUGCCCCCCACGUGGGUCCAAGCUGGGACGUGGAGCGUGGAAGAACCCCAACAAUUUUCAGUACUACCGCAAAUGGGGCUUUACCAUCUACCGCACCUAUUACGGCAAUGACGAGAAUUGGCAAGCGCUUCUAUACUCUUUAAGGCAUCAGACUAAACUGGCAUUCGGAGCCUUCGAAGACGACAAGGAGAUAGACCAAGACGUUAGGCGAAAACUUCAGGAAUCAUUCUAUCUCGAUGUCCGUGACGAUCCCUCGCAACUAGACGGACUCGAUGUUCGAGGUCUUCGGAAAUUUUGCAACGCCGAAAAGCUCAAGGAGACUAAAGUCAUAGAGAAAGGCGGCUAG